GCUAUUUAUCGGUUGGGAAUGAUGAUGCGAAUCGGCGAAAUUUUGUUUGUCUUCUUUCAACAUUGCGAGCAUUUUCCCUCUGCUCCUGUGCAGUGAAAUUGUAUAAAAUGAGCCGUGCGCCGCCGCGUUAGACUUUCUUCCUGACGUGCCCGACCAAUAAGCGCGCAAUUAAGACCAAGAAGAAGUCCACCAUCCUCACCAUCACAUCUCAUCACAUUAAUCAUUCAAAAUGGCUCGUAAAUUCUUCGUUGGUGGUAAUUGGAAAAUGAACGGUACGCUUGAUAGCGGAAAGAAGCUGGUUGCAGCUUUGCAAGAAGCCAAACUUGAUCCAAACACAGAAGUUGUCGUUGCACCACCUGCUCUUCAUCUUUUGUUCGUAAAGGAAUUAUUGGCAAAAGAUUCAAAGAUCGAAGUUUCAGGUCAGAAUGCAUACCAUAAAGUUUCAGGUGCAUUCACAGGUGAAGUUUCCGUUUCGCAAUUACAAGAUGCAGGUGUUCCAUGGGUCAUCCUUGGUCACUCUGAACGCAGAACAAUCUUCAAAGAAACCGAUCAGGAUAUCGCCGAAAAGACAAAAGCCGCCCUUGACCAUAACUUAAAGGUUAUCGUUUGUGUUGGUGAAACUUUGGAAGAACGUGAAGCAAACAAGAGUAUCGAUGUCGUUGUUCGUCAAUUGAACGCUGCCGCUCCAUCCGUUGCUGACUGGAACAAGGUCGUAGUUGCUUACGAGCCUGUCUGGGCUAUCGGUACCGGAAAGGUGGCUACUGCUGAACAAGCACAAGAAGUUCAUGCUGCUAUCCGUAAAUGGGCUGCCGAAAAGGUGUCCAAGGAAGUGUCUGAUUCUUUGCGUAUCAUCUACGGUGGAAGUGUCGCCGCAAAGAAUUGCCGCGAAUUGGCUCAACAACCUGACAUUGACGGUUUCCUCGUCGGUGGUGCAAGUUUGAAGCCAGAAUUUGCUGAUAUCUGCAAUGCUCGUCUUUAACUUAAAUGUAAACAAAUCUUUGACUCCAAAAUAAAUCCUGUGGAUACACGAAUCUACAGUGACACAAUUGAAUAAUACACAUUCUUUCGAGGUAUGGGAAAAACAUUAUCUAACACAAAUGAGGUAGA